CUUUUUAUUUCAAAUACAGGUACAGCUACAUGAUUGACAACAUAAUUCUUUUAAUAACUGGCACAUUACAUCAGCGGCCCAUAGCCGAACUUGUUCCGAAGUGCCAUCCACUGGGGAGUUUUGAGCAAAUGGAAGCAGUCAGCAUUGCCUCAAACCCCACUGAGCUGUUCAAUGCAAUUUUGGUUGACACACCAUUAGCUGCUUUCUUUCAAGACUGCUUGUCUGAAAAUGACCUGGAUGAAAUGAACAUUGAAAUAAUGCGCAACAAACUGUACAAGUCUUAUCUUGAGGCAUUCUAUAAGUUUUGUGAAAAACAAGGUGGUACUACAGCAGAAAUCAUGAGACCUAUUCUCGAGUUUGAGGCAGACAGACGUGCCUUUAUCAUCACCAUUAAUUCAUUUGGCACUGAGCUGAGUAAAGAUGACCGAGAGAAGCUGUAUCCAACCUGUGGAAAACUAUAUCCAGAAGGCUUACACCUGUUGGCCAAUGCAGAUGACUACGAGCAAGUGAAGUGUGUUGCAGAUUACUAUGCAGAAUACAAGGCUGUGUUUGAAGGUGUAGGGAGUGGCACUGGCGAAAAGACACUGGAAGAUGCAUUUUUUGAACAUGAGGUAAAGCUGAACGUGCUUGCAUUCAACAACCAGUUUCAUUUUGGAGUAUUUUAUGCCUAUGUAAAGUUAAAGGAACAAGAAUGCAGGAAUAUUGUAUGGAUUGCUGAAUGCAUUUCUCAGAGACACAGAACCAAAAUUAACAACUACAUCCCGAUUUUCUAAAUCUGAGAGUUUAUAAUCCUACAAUGCCUGAAAAGAUGCAUUAUUUCAUAGAAAAGAAGAAAAAUCUUAUUUCAAAAUUAACUCUUAUCAGAUGUUUUAAAUUGUGUUAAUGAUCCUCCUUAUAUACAGCAGUGUAAGAAAAAGUAAUGUAAUUAGAGAUACAACUACUUUAUAAGGAAAUAUUAAUGGCUUAUUCAUAGUUUUUGUUGCUAGAUUUGUUCCCCACUGUGCCCAUUUUAAUUUAAUUGAUCAAUAAAAACUCCUUCCAAGGUCUUACAUACGUAUUCUUUCUCUCUUGUGAAAGCAAGCUUUCGAUCAAUGACAUUUGAAAAGCUCUUUAAUGACUUAAUUUUGAAUUAACAGUUUUCUCAAAGGGCCAGCUAAACUACUACCUCUAUCUUACACUUACGGUCUUCUUCAUGGCAUACAAGAUUGUAUGAAGGACUUACUUAAUACACAAAAAAGAGGGAAACUUUAGGGUUACUCUGAGAUUCCCCUUAAGGAAUCUCAAAAGAGAACUUCCUGAACCUUUCUAACUGUGAGACCUCUCCGCAGAUAAAUGUAAAUAAGUAAUU